AUAAAUGUUAUAAUUUUAGUUUUUUUUUAUUUCGGUAAAAAUCAUCGUGAACAUUCGAAAAAAAUUCCCUUCCUCUGCGCAAGUACUCGAUUCCAACUCCAAAUCGCAACCCUGUUUAAUGGUCGCUGUUCUUUUCGGAAAGAUCUUUUUGCCUAUUCAUCAUGUUGUCAGCAUCAAAGAUCAUCAAGCCAGCUGGCGAGAAGGCCGAUGAAUUUGAAAACUCAAUCGCUCAUGCUCUUCUUGACUUGGAGCUGAAUUCCGACCUUAAAGCUCAGCUUCGUGAGCUUCACAUCAAUGCCGCCAAGGAAGUAGAUGUUGGUGGCAAGAAGGCCGUCAUCAUUUUCGUUCCAGUCCCUCAGCUGAGGGCUUUCCAGAAGAUUCAAACUCGUCUGGUCCGAGAGCUCGAGAAGAAAUUCUCUGGCAAACAUGUUGUCUUUAUUGCUCAGAGGAGAAUUCUUCCUAAGCCCACACGCAAGACCAAGUUGCGAAUCAAACAGAAGCGUCCCUUCAGCCGUACUUUGACAUCUGUGCAUGACUCGAUUCUUGAAGACUUGGUGUUCCCAGCUGAGAUUGUUGGCAAGAGAAUUCGCAUCAGGCUUGAUGCCACACGCCUGAUCAAGGUUCAUCUGGACAAGAAUCAGCAGACCAACAUUGAACAUAAAGUUGAGACAUUUGCUGCUAUCUACAAGAGGUUGACUGGAAAAGAAGUUACUUUUGAAUUUCCUGAAGCCUAUUUGUAAGAGGUUCUGGGCUGUCUUCUGUUGCUGUGGGUAUUGAAAUAAUACACAUUUGGUAACAUCCACAAAA